AUGGAGUGUGCCGUCAACGUGUACUCUUAUUUCAGCCCGGUAAAAAGAGCGCUGUCAAACGACUGGAGUUUCGUCCUUCUCGGUUAUGACGCAGAGAAGGUUGUCGGAAACGCGGCUGUUGCACGCUAUGUGGUCUACAGUGUUAAAGACAACACCACAAUACACAUCGGCGAGGGCAAGCGGCUGCAGCUGGCCAAGUGGGGGCCAGGCAACAGGCUGGCCUACGUGUAUGAGAACGACAUCUACUACCUGGCCGAACCCACCGCCGAGCCGCUGCAGGUCACUACGGAUGGCGUGCCGAUGGCAGUCUAUAACGGCAUCGUCGACGACUACGGACAUUUGUCGCAGUCUGCCUCAAACACGGUGGGCAGGGCAAACAUGCUGCUGUGGUCCCCGGACGGGCGACGAAUCGCCUACGGACAGUACAACGCCUCAGACGUCUACUACACAGCCUUCGAGUACUACGACUCAGCUGGGGGUGGAGAGUACCAGUACACGAGGUUCCUGAAGUUCCGCUACUCGAAGCCAGGGACGCCCGUAGCCACUGUUCAUCUCAGGGUCGCCACUUUGCCGUCCGACAGAUCGACCCCAGUUGCCUUCCAAGAGCUGUUGGCUCCAACAGACGUCGUCGGACAUGACCACAACCUCGAAGAUAUAGUAUGGACCGAUAACGACAUUUUAAUGGCUUCAUGGAAAAAUCGAGUUGAAAACAUAAACCAGAUUGUCAACUACAAUACUUCCAAAAAGAUGGGGCGUCUUCGUGGACAGAAGGUAAAUGCUGCGUUCUAUCAUUGGUUAUUGUCGGCACAAAGAAGGUAA